AUGGCGGGUCUCCAACAGGUGGAGGCGCCUGGCAGACAGGCACGCUCGAAGAGGCCUCGCACUCAGAACGCCGGGGAGUCAGGCAGCGAGCAGAUGGACCAGCAGAUCAAGCAGCUCGGCAACCAGCUUCGUACUGUCAUGAAGAUUGUAGGACAACACGACAGAGAGAUCCGCGAACUGGAAGCAUGGAGUUGCCACACAUAUUUGCUCAGCAAAGACAGUCAGCUAGCCAAAGACCUACGGGCCGCGAUGGAAGCAUGGAAGUCGAAGAUCCCAGAGGCUGGGCCGCACCCUCAAGGACCUCCGCGCUGGACAGUGGCAGGGACGGUGGCCAAUGCGCUCGUCAAGGACGGAGCUCGGCGGGCUCAGCUGGGCAAGUUCGUGGCAUUCCAUGAAAGCUUGAGCUCCCUGGAAGACAUGGAGAGUUCGAUACAGUUCGCCGUUGCCAAAGAAACCAGGGAUGGGAAAGUGCUGCUCAAGCUCCGUCCGCAAAUGGUGUGCCAAGCAGAGUGGCACGAGGCCGCUGCAGUUUUGAGGGAGAUCAUCAUUGCGGAAGGUGGUGAGCAGAAACACGGUGCAGCCCCCCUGAAUCCUCUGGUUCGACAGAUUGAGGCUCGCAGUCAUCGUAGUUGA